GGCGCUCAGUGAGGAGACGGGACGCGGCUGCACAUUAGUCGGGGAUUACCGGAGGGGUGACGGUAGCUGCUGUGCGGGUUUAGCCGGAGGUGCAUGCGAGGGAGGCGGUAUAGCGUUCACUCCUAGCCGAACACGCACCCAUAGAGAGGCAGGUGUCAUUAGGAUGGCAGCCGUACGGGGCUAUCGGUGGCUGUGCGCCUGCUGGCUGCUGCUGGGAUGCUUCUCCCUCUCUUCGUCUUCUGUGGCUACGGGCAGGAGGCGCAGGCUGAGCCGGGAGCCGGGCGGCAUCUCCUUCGAGUAUCACCGUUACCGCGAGCUACGGGAGGCGCUGGUGUCCGUGUGGCUGCAGUGUCCGUCCAUCAGUCGCCUGUACACCAUAGGGCAGAGCUACGAGGGCCGGCUGCUGCUCGUCAUAGAGAUGUCUGACAACCCCGGCCAGCAUGAACCAGGUGAACCUGAAUUUAAAUACAUUGGCAAUAUGCAUGGGAAUGAAGCUGUCGGCAGGGAGCUCCUAAUUUACUUGGCGCAGUAUCUCUGCAAUGAAUACCAGAAAGGAAAUGAAACAAUUGUCAACUUAAUUCACAAUACCCGUAUUCACAUCAUGCCUUCUCUCAAUCCUGAUGGGUUUGAGAAAGCUGCCCAGCAGCCUGGAGACAUGAAGGACUGGUUCGUCGGUCGAAGCAACGCUCAAGGAAUAGACUUGAAUAGAAAUUUCCCUGAUCUUGAUCGUAUUGUAUACAUUAAUGAGAAGGAAGGAGGCACAAACAAUCACUUACUGCAAAACCUGAAGAAGUCUGUUUACCAGAAUAAUAAGCUGGCUCCUGAGACUAGAGCAGUAAUUAACUGGAUUAUGGAUAUCCCAUUUGUGCUGUCUGCAAACCUCCAUGGAGGUGAUCUUGUUGCCAAUUAUCCAUAUGACAAGACUCGUGGUGGCAGUGUUCAUGAAUACAGUGCAUGCCCUGAUGACGCCAUGUUCCAGUCCUUGGCACGUGCAUACUCCUCCUUCAACCCAGCCAUGUCAGACCCAAACAGGCUGCCAUGCCGCAAGAAUGAUGACGACAGUAGUUUUGUUGAUGGAACAACAAAUGGAGCAGCUUGGUACAGUGUCCCAGGAGGUAUGCAAGAUUUUAACUAUCUGAGCAGUAAUUGUUUUGAGAUAACCGUAGAGCUCAGCUGUGACAAAUUCCCACCUGAAGAUAUGUUAAAGAGUUACUGGGAGCAAAACAAAGACUCGCUUCUGAAUUACAUACAGCAGGUCCAUCGUGGUGUAAAAGGAUUUGUUAAAGACCAUCAGGGCAAUCCAAUUGCUAAUGCCUCUAUAACUGUUGAUGGAAUAGAACAUGACAUUACCUCUGCAAAGGAUGGUGAUUACUGGAGACUGCUAGCACCAGGAAAUUAUAAGGUGACCGCUUCAGCUCCUGGAUAUCUCGCUGUGACAAAGAAAGUAGCCGUUUCUUAUAGCCCAGCUGUAAAGGUCGACUUUGAUCUGGAGUCUUUAUCUGAAAGAAAAGAGGAAGAAAAGGAAGAAUUGAUUGAGUGGUGGAAGAUGAUGUCCCAAACAUUAAAUUUUUGAGAUCAGCACAACCUUAUGUUAAUUAUAUAUUGAGCUGAUUUGCGAUAAUGUGGACUAUAUAUGUAGGAAUAUGUGUAUACAAAUAAAGACAUAUAUAUAUAUUAUAUGUGCUUUUAUAUGUCACAUAUUCUUACAGUUAAUGGAUAAUGUGUGAUUUUGAACAUUCAGCAUAUGUAUACUUUUUCUGUACCAGUUUAGAUAGAAACCUGCAUUCUCUAGAAAGGUUAGGCUUCCGGCUAGGAAAGUAGGAACAACUUGGCGCAAUUAAUACUGUGACAAAAACAUAUUUUCAAUUUUAUACCUAAUAUAGGAAUUAUAAAUGAGAGAAUUCAAGUCAAAAUGCAAUAUUCCAUGUUCAAGCCAUGUGUUGUAGGGUGUAUAGUAGUUUAUAUAAUAGUAAAGCACAGCUUUUGCCAAAAAUAUUUUGGCAGUAAAUAUGUAGAAACAAUGUCAAUUAAAUUUGUCAUGGGAGAA